AUGCCCGAUCUCCAGGUUCAGCAGACAGAGCUUCAGUUGCGUGAUGAUCAGCAUCAGCAAAAUCAGCAACAACAACAGCAGCAGCAACAGCAGCAGCAGCAAGUACAACACCACCAGGGGUUCCAGCGCAAGUCUUCAAUUCUCGACGACCCAAAUGCUCCGUCGAUUCCCGCACCUAACCCGAAUGUACACCUUAAUCCCCGGGCUGUGUAUUUGCGAGAUCACGUUUCAAUAGCGACUAUUCACCCAGUCACUCAUCCUAGCAUGAUCCCCGCUUCACUGAUUGAGUUUCUGCUCAAUCAGUUCAAUGAGGAGCUCGAGCGGGGUGAUACAUGCCCGUUUGACCAGCCUAUGGACAUCGAGCAAUUCCAACAGUUCUGGUUUGGUACAUUUGCUGCGGUAAUGUUGAUGGGUGGGAAAGAAGAGACCAAUAACCUCCUUGAGGAACGGGAUUGGGCAACUCAGUGCCUUGGUACCUUUUACGUCAAACCUAACUAUCCAGGCCGCAGUUCGCAUGUAUGUAGUGGCGGGUUUUUGACUACGCAUGCUUCCCGAGGGAAAGGCUGUGGAAAGCAUAUGGGAGAGGCAUAUCUUGAGUACGCACCAAAGCUUGGGUUCACCUACUCAAUAUUCAACUUAGUUUACGAAACAAAUACAGCUUCUCUAAAGAUUUGGGAUGGGUUGGGUUUCAAGCGCAUAGGAAAGGUUAAAGGUGCUGGCCGACUCCGUGGGCACUCUCAACCUAUCGACGCCAUCAUUUAUGGUCGGGACCUUAAUGACGAUGAUGACUAUGUCUCGGACGAACGUUUCGACAAGAUCCGUUUCUACCUGGAAAAGGGCAAAUACCCGCCCACAGCGGAUCGCUCCGAAAAAAGCCGACUCCGCUCUGCUGCAACUCAUUACAAGCUUGAUAAUGGCAGGUUAAUGUUGAAGGAUAAAGAAGUAAUUUCUGACGGCCAAAUGCAAUACGAAAUUGCCAGGUCAGUGCAUUGCCAAGCACACGGUGGUAUCAAUAAGACCACUGCAAGCAUUGCCGAAAAGUACCAUUGGGUCCGCAUCAAGGAAACUGUAUCUCAGGUUAUCAGGAAUUGCGCCGAAUGUAAAGAACAUGCCAAGGCCCCCGUGGUUCGAGGAGAACGUUUCAGCAGUGAGCGCAGCCAGCCGUCACCACAGCAGCAGCAGAUACAGAACCAGGAGGCCACCCGGGCUGCGAACAUCGCACAGGCUGCGCAGAUGGAUAUACCUGUUGACCCAGCCAUGAUGGAAGAUGUGCAACAUACGCAUCAGUUUGCUCCCGUUGCGAACAUGAAUCCUGCCUCUGAAGACCCCGCUGUUGCUGGACAGACCUCGCAGCACGCUGCAGCGGUCGCAGCAGCCCGGGCGGCACUUAGCGAAGGAGAUGCACUAACGGAGGAAGAUAGAACCAUGCGGGAUCGUCAUCUUAUGGAGACUCUGAUGGCAGAAAUGAAAAGAGAACCUGUCACUGAAGCCGCAGUUGUGGCCUACCAGGAAACUGACGUUGAGCGCGAAGUAGAGAGGCAGCUACAGGCAGGGAUGGAAAUCGAGCGAUAG